CACAUCCACUAUAAUCACCACCCACCAUUUGCAAGACUUCCGAAACCUACAAACCAAUAAACAAAAACCGUCAAAUCACACGAUUCUACAAUGACGACCGCCCAUAGACCCACGUUCGAUCCCGCACGCGGUAAAGAGGCCCAGCGUGGACCUGCCUAUCAUCAGCGACUCCUCCCUGCGCAUACAACACUCAAGCAUAGACAACCAGGUCAGGGUGGAGAUGCCGACAAGCAUAAGCGCGACUUGCGCGCCGAACUUUUGGAGGCAGAGGCGCGCUAUGCGGCGAAGAAGAACGGCACAUACGUAGAGCCGGACGCCACGGCCGAGCCUGGAAGUGCGCCUAAGCGCCAGAUUGACAAUGUGUCAGUUGACGAAGACGGCGAAGAAGACGAAGCAGCGCAGAAACGGCGGCGAAUAGAAUUACUUGAAAAGUUCAGGGAUGUAGAUGCGGACGAUAGCAGUAGUGAGGAGGAGAGUAGCGACGAUGACGAUGAAGACGGCGAAGGAGCCCUUCAGAGGGAGCUCGAGAAGAUCAGAAAGGAGCGUGCUGCAGCUAAAGCCAAGGAGGAGGCCGAACGAGCUGCCGAAGAGGAACAGCAACGUGAAAUUGAUGUUGCUCGGGGUAACCCGCUGCUCAACGCCAAAGACUUUACCAUGAAACGCCGAUGGGACGACGAUGUCGUAUUUAAGAACCAAGCACGCGGUACAGAGGACAGGAACAAAAAGAAGGAGUUCAUCAACGACAUGCUACGGUCCGACUUUCACAAGAAGUUCAUGUCCAAAUACGUGCGAUGAGGUCAUUGCGCUUUUCGAGUUUGUUUUCGAUCGUACUUCGCGUGCAUUGCUGGCGUUCAUGGGUCUUGGCGUACUGGGUCUAGAAUCAUUCAGGCAGACUGCGUGAAGAGCGUGGGAUACCCCAGAUCUUGGCGGGAAUUAGGGAGCCAGUGAUGAGCGGAAUCUUGUAGAGCCCUUAUCGUUAUCUCGAUCAGCAGUUGCGACUACCACUCACGGAUGUUGGCUUUAUCUAUCGCUUCUGCCCAUCGUUCCUGGGCACCGAUCCAAUCAUGCGUAUAUCUGGUCAUAGAAACUUUCUUCGUGCUGUUCAGGGCAGACUAUGCUGCUACAAGAAGGGAUUCUGUAUCGAUACGGAUUUCUUCCGGAAAUGUUAUUGUCGACGAAUAAAUAUAAGUACUUCAACACGACAGAUAUUAUGAAGCCGAUAA